GAAGGAGCUGGCUGAGCUAGGAAUCUUGCGGUGGCUUAUGUCAGGCCCGGCAUUCCCUCGAUGAUUUACCCGUGGUGACGUACAUGUCAUGGAACAGCGGGGCAUCCUGGUACAGGCUCAGGCCGCCAGCCAAGCCGCAGUUCGUAAGCCAGCAAGGGACAUGCAAGCAUCAAAAACAUGAAUGUGUUGAUCUCAUCAAGGGUUCCGAUUUUGGGUGCGAUGCAUCUGGGUCUGACACUCGAUGCAUGCUGCACCUCGACGAAUGGAUGUCCACCGAGGCAGCACCGGGGCUCAUCGUCGGUAGGACGCCAAAAGGGACAUAGGAAAGCAUACAGACGAUGCUCUGUGUGGAUCCACUGCAGGUCGUGGGAAUGUUGGCUAUCAGCUGAUGAAGGAGGUGCCAGGAAUGGUCAGCCCAGCAGAAACCACCAUUCAUGGCUUUGUUUGCGUGCAUCCGUAUGGUUAUGCUCUACAGAUUGGCGUGUUCGUGUCCCAUGACGGGGGACAAACAUGGAUGCAGUCACUCCCUGGAGGUACCCGGCCGAAAGAAGCCAGCGGUGAGGGUCCGCUUUUUUAUUGUGUAUGUCUGUCGCAUCCAGAUUGGGAGGUGUCUAUACUGUUGGGCGGUGACGUCCUGCUCGCUUCUCAUAAAGACGGCACAAUCGCAUUCUCAAGAUACUCAACCGACUGGGGCCUUAAUUGGCACCCAGUCGCCAUGGCUGAGAUCACUCGUGACGCCACGCUAUGGCUCCAUCGCGUGCUGGCGUCGCCCCCACACACGUCGGCACAGGUGCUAGUGUGGACCACCGGCAGGCCGCAUACACCAUGGGAACCACUGGACAUGGUCAAAGGCAAGGGCAUGGCGGCCGUUGUGGGCGGUCAGAAGCAGCAGCUGGCCUUUCGGCCAUAUCUGGUGGCCAUCGACUUUGACGGCGUCUUCGACAGAGAGUGCAAAUGUGAGACACGCACAGGGAAUGGGGCGACGAGUCCAUGUGACGUACAUCGAGCGUUGUGUGUUGUCGCAGGUUGGGACAGCAUCGAUCUCACUGCGUCUGACUUCGAGGACUGGCCGAAGGAAGCCGACCGUUGCCACAUGGGACAGACGGUCAGUGGCCAGAAACUCGCCGCAAAGACAAGAAAAAAAAGGAAACGCUGUCUGUGUCUGCUGCAGGUGUACUUGGUGCGCAGAAAGCCCGCUGCUGCGUGCCGGUCUGGCAACCACCUGGCAGAGGCUGUUUCCUUCACCGCCUGCAAGUGCACAUCAGAGGACUUCGAGUGCGACUACGGCUUCGAACGGGGACGAGGUAGUGAUGGAGGGCAGCCGCCCACGUGCCACCCGAUUGACGACAGCGUGUAUCCCGACCCGACGAAUGCGACCGAGCUGUGUGCCCACCGGGGGGAGCCACAUGCGUUCGUCAGCAAGGGAUUUGUGCGCAUACCGGGCGACAGGUAGGGGGCUCAAUGCUCUUCUCAGCAUAUCUGCAUGAUGUGUGCCGGUUUUCUCUGUGUCUCUAUGUGCCUGUUCGUGCCAGGUGCGUCGGCGGUGAGGCGUGGGCGCCAGAGAAAGUGAUCUGCCCGGCCAACAUUGGUAUGCACGCAGAAGGACAGCAUGUACUUAUCAGCUCGGCUUAUCAUCCUCUGCGUGUGCCUGAAUGCAGGGAUCGCCGGGAUCUUGCAUCGCCUCGAGAGGUCGCACUACCUCAUCCUCGCCUUCUUGCUGGUCAGAAUUGUCAAGAAACCAGUCACGAGACACCAUCCGUGCAAUCAAACCCGGUGUGUGUUGCGGGGAUGCAGGUGGGCGUCAUUGUCUAUUUCAUCCUCAAGACAAGCGACAAGGACCGGCAGCUCUGGCGGCGUCUCAUUGCAUCCGCCGCCAGCCAUGCGUCCCUCUUCACAUCGAGACACAAACUCGACACCGACGAGGACACCGAAUACACCCUGGUCGACACACGAGCCCCCGAAGACCAUCACCCGCGGGCAGCCAGCAGCAGAAGGGUCGCCUAUCGGCAGCUGCAGCUGCAGGAGCGGUCGAGUGCAGGGAGGGGAGAUCUGGACCCCCGUGAGUGGCUCGAGGAAGAUGAGGGAGAGGGGAGGCGUGCGAGGCGUCCGCUGCGGAGGCCAAGCAGGGGGGAGAAUGUGUUCAGACUGACUAGCUGUCUGCAGGAUGAGUUCGAACAAGAGCUGGAUGGCAUGAUGCGCCAGGAGACAUACGCGUGA